AUGUGUGAUGCCAGCGAUUUUGCAGUGGGAGCAGUGCUAGGACAGAGGAAGGAUAAGAAACUUCAUGUUAUUUACUAUGCUAGUAGAACACUUGAUGAUGCCCAAAGAAAUUAUGAAACAACAGAGAAGGAGCUGCUAGCAGUAGUGUUUGCUUUUGAGAAGUUUCGUUCUUACUUGGUUGGAUCAAAGGUAAUAGUUCAUACAGAUCAUGCUGCACUCAAAUACUUGAUGCAGAAAAAGGAUGCCAAGCCAAGGUUACUAAGAUGGAUUCUUCUUCUUCAAGAAUUUGACAUUGAGGUUAAGGACAAGAAAGGGAUAGAGAAUGGAGUAGCUGAUCAUUUAUCAAGGAUUAAGAUAGAAGAUGAUGUUCCGAUUCAUGAUUCACUGCUAGAGGAGAAUGUCUACUUUGUUGAUAUUGGUUCUCAAGCAACAUUGUCUCGGGAAGUUUUGCAGACUCGUGGCAAUGCAUCGAUCGACACAGCUGGUGCAUCGAUCAAUGCUGAAUCUCGAUACGAACAGGACUUGGCGAUUGUGUCGACCUAUGCAUCAUUAAGCAUCGAUCGAAGCUUGGUUCAAGAAUUAUCGGGUUAUGCGUUUAACGACGAUGUGACUGCUGUAACUACUUCUGAUCAACCAUGGUAUGCUGAUAUCGCGAAUUACCUUGCUGUUGAGGUGGAACCAGAAAAGUUUACAGGGUAUGCUAAAAAGAAGUUCUUGAGAGAUCUUAGGAGAUACUAUUGGGAUGAAUCUUACUUGUAUAAGCAUUGCAGUGAUGGAGUUUACAGAAGAUGUUUAGCAGAAAUGGAGGUACUUUACGUUUUGUUUCAUUGUCAUGGAUCCGACUAUGCCGGACAUUUUGCUACAUUCAAGACGGUUUCCAAAGUUCUCCAAGCAGGCUUUUGGUGGCCAACGAUGUUCAAAGACGCUCAUGAGUUUGUUUCAAGAUGCGAUGUCUGUCAGCGGAAGGGUCAAAUCAGUAAACGACAUAAGAUGCCACAAAACUUCAUUCUUGAGGUUGAAGUGUUUGAUUGUUGGGGCAUUGAUUUUAUGGGACCAUUCCCUUUUUCUUACAAGAACAAGUACAUCCUUGUAGCUGUUGACUAUGUCUCCAAAUGGGUGGAAGCUAUUGCAAGUCCCAAGAAUGAUUUUGAUGUGGUUCUUAAGCUGUUUAAGACCAUUAUCUUCCUUAGGUUUGGAGUGCCUCAGAUUGUUAUCAGUGAUGGAGGUAAACACUUUAUUAAUAAAGUGUUUGAUAAGUUGUUGAAGAAGUAUGGAGUUCAGCAUAGAGUAGCCAUCCAAUAUCAUCCCCAGACUAGUGGUCAAGUUGAGGUUUCUAACCACCAAAUCAAAGAAAUCCUUGAGAAGACAGUGGGUGUUACAAGAAAGGAUUGUGCAGCCAAGUUAAAUGAUGCACUUUGGGCAUAUCGGACUGCAUAUAAGACACCACUUGGCACUACACCUUUUCAUCUGCUUUAUGGGAAAGCAUGUCAUCUUCCAGUGGAUCUAGAGUACAAAGCAGUCUGGGCUAUUAAAUUGCUGAAUUUUAAUGCCAAGACAGCUUCAGAGAGAAAGUUGGUUCAGCUGAAUGAGUUAGAUGAGUUUCGACAUCAUGCAUUUGAGAACUCUAAGCUAUACAAGGAGAGAACCAAGGCUUAUCGUGAUAAGAAGAUCAUUUCCAGAAAUUUUGAGCCUAAUGAUCAGGUACUUCUGUACAACUCUCGCUUGAAGCUAUUUCCAGGUAAACUUCGUUCUCGCUGGUCCUGGCCAUUCACUAUCCAAGACGUCCGCCCUUAUGGAGCUAUUGUGCUGCUGAACUCCAAGGGAGAGAAGUUUACUGUUAAUGGACAGAGGGUGAAACAUUAUUGGGCUAAUCCCGGGAUACCAGACGGACACAUUGUGCGUUUGGAUGAUGCACCUUCUGCCUAA